GCGCAAGCGCGUUGGAUCGCAUCGAGGCCCCGCCCCCUGAAGCUCCGGUAAAGGCGCGAGGGGGCCUGAGUACGGAGAGCGGCAGGACGACGAACGAGUAGGUUGGGGCACUGCAACGGCGGCCGGGAAGAGAUGGUGGUAGUCGGAACCAGGCCUCCUAACGGUGAAGGUGGAGAGAAAUCAAGGAAUUCAGAAUUUUCUUACACCCCUGGGGCCUGCUGCAAAAUCAGUCAGGAUGGCCACCGGCUGGGGGAGCCUCUUGCAGGAUGAACAGCAGCUGGAGGAGCUAGCAAGGCAGGCUGUAGACCGGGCCCUGGCAGAGGGGGUGUUGCUGAGGACCUCACAAGAGCCCAGCUCCUCAGAUGUGGUGAGCUAUGCCCCAUUCACACUCUUCCCCUCACUGGUCACGAGUGCCCUGCUGGAGCAGGCCUAUGCUGUGCAAAUGGACUUCAACCUGCUGGUGGAUGCUGUCAGCCAGAACGCUGCCUUUCUGGAGCAAACUCUCUCCAGCACCAUCAAAAGGGACAACUUUACUGCUCAUCUCUUUGACAUCCACAAGCAAGUCCUGAAAGAGGGCGUUGCCCAGUUUUCCCCACAGACGGUGUUCCUGGGCCUGAAUCGCUCAGACUACAUGUUCCAGCGCAACGCAGAUGGCUCUGCAGCCCUGAAACAGAUUGAAAUCAACACCAUCUCUGCCAGCUUUGGGGGCCUAGCCUCCCGGACCCCUGCUGUGCAUCGACAUGUUCUCAAUGUCCUGGGUAAGACCAAAGAAGCUGCCAAGAUCCUCUCCAAUAAUCCCAGCAAGGGAUUGGCCAUGGGGAUUGCCAAAGCCUGGGAACUCUACGGCUCAGCCAACGCUCGGGUGCUACUGAUUGCUCAAGAGAAGGAAAGGAAUAUAUUUGACCAGCGUGCCAUAGAGAAUGAGCUACUAGCCAGGAAUAUCCAUGUAAUCCGGCGAAAGUUUGAAGAUGUCUCUGAAAAGGGGUCUCUAGACCAGGACCGAAGACUGUUUAUGGACGGCCAGGAAGUUGCUGUGGUUUACUUCCGGGAUGGCUACAUGCCAAGUCAUUACAGUCUACAGAACUGGGAAGCACGGCUGCUGCUGGAGAGGUCAUGUGCUGUCAAGUGCCCGGACGUUGCCACGCAGCUGGCUGGGACUAAGAAGGUGCAACAGGAGCUGAGCAGAUCAGGCAUGCUGGAGGUGUUGCUCCCCGGCCAGCCUGAGGCCGUGGCCCGCCUCCGUGCCACCUUUGCUGGCCUCUACUCACUGGACAUGGGUGAAGAAGGGGACCAGGCUAUCACUGAGGCCAUUGCUGCCCCUAACUGCUUCGUGCUAAAGCCCCAGAGAGAGGGUGGAGGUAACAACCUAUACGGGGAGGAGAUGGUACAGGCCCUGGAGCGGCUGAAGGACAGUGAGGAGAGAGCCUCCUAUAUCCUCAUGGAGAAGAUAGAACCUGAACCUUUUGAGAAUUGUCUACUGCGACCUGGUAGCCCUGCCCGAGUGGCCCAAUGCAUUUCAGAGCUGGGCAUCUUCGGGGUCUAUGUCAGGCAGGGAAAGAUACUUGUGAUGAACAAGCACGUGGGACAUCUGCUUCGAACCAAAGCCAUCGAGCAUGCUGAUGGUGGUGUGGCAGCAGGAGUGGCAGUCCUAGACAACCCAUACCCUGUGUGAGGACACAGCGAGGCCUGCCCAGACUUUACUUGAAAGACCUUCUAUCCUUUGUACUUAUCAUUCCUCUCCUAGCCCUCCUGAGGGGCUGCCCUCCCCUUACCUUGGGAAGGUUGAUCUCUUCUACAGAUUUCCAGGGUCUUCAUGGAAGGGUCAAUGCUGGGUACCUUCCCCACAGCUUUCCCAUCUGAGAACCAGAAAAGCUGUUUCCCUUAGGUGCGAUCUAGAGGCCCGUAAAUCCUCAGGGUGUGGGUACAGCUGAAAAGAAGCUGAUCUGAGGUAAGGGACCAUAACACUGCCACCCUCCUGUUAGCCCACUGUCAGCCUUUCCAGCAAGUUCCAGUGUCUGACCUGGGAUAGGACUGAGGGAUAGGAGGAAAAGGGUAGAGGGGCACAGCCUUUUCCCACCUCUGCCUUAAAUAAAACUACUUUGCUGAU